AUGCCUGACGACAAGCAUUCAGACAUCCAAGACCAAACCAAAAAACAGGGAACGAAGGCCGCGGAAAAAUUCGACGAAAUUCUGACCAUCAAAAGAGAGGAACCGGAAGAAAACAAGCCCCGGGAUCCAUGCCAAAAUGGGAAACGGAAAGAGGAUAUAGAAGACGAGGAAUUGAAGCAUAAGGGGUUCAGCUUGCAAAGAGCUUGGUGCUGUCUUCGAGGAAGAAGGACCUCAUAA